AUGAUUUUAGUAGUCCGGAUGAGGAGCGACACGGAUGGCCCAAACAAAUUGCCCGGGAAGUCCAGGCUGACCUUGUUCCGGUCGAACGUCGGGAUAUCCUCGUCGGGGGUCGUGGCCCUCGGGCCGCGGGGUGGGCGUUGCGUGGGCCGCGUGGGCCGAGUGGGCGUAGUGCUGGGGUGCCGCCACGUAGUGCCAGUCUGCACACAGCGAAAUCCUCAGGCCCUAGCUCUCGCCGCACCCCGCUACGCCUUAUUGCCGCCGCGCCUCCCUCCC